AUGCGCGCGAAUCGAGAACCGCUUCCUCCACCGUCUCUCAUGGUCCGCAAAUUUCUUGAUUACGAGGCUUCUGACGAUACAAAGUCGGAUCUACCAGCUUCUAUUGAGCCUCCCGAGUCAGGCUGGCCACGAAUGCCGUUCAGGAGCGGCUAUUUCUUCCUUUAUGGUUCACUGAUGGAUCCGCUCACACUUACCAGAGUGCUGCAAUUGUCCGACCCUCCAAGAAUGCGUCCAGCUAGAGUGGUUGGUUACGAAAUCAAGUAUUGGGGACGAAAUUCUGCCCUUGUUGAUGGAGAGCCCUUCCAGCCAGUUGAUGGCUUUGCUUGUGAAAUCCUUUGCCGGGAACAUUGGGAUCGGCUUGUUGCCUACAUGGCGGAUCACUACGACGUUGGCUCCAUUUCUAUCGAUUUCAUUGAUACCAGGGAGACUGGUGUUGAAGGUGUUGCUUUCCACUGGAGAGGAUAUCCUGAAGAGUUGCGAGAUGAUAGCUUAAAUCUGGAGACCUAA